GAAGAAAACGAAAACAAGAGGAUUUGGACAGCCGCGCGAUGGGCAACCAAUUUGAUUUGUUCAGUCUCAAGCAGAGGAUUUUCCUCGUAAAGCACUUUUAUCAAGAGCUCGGCAGUUAUGCUCAGGUGAAGAGCAACUAUGAGGACUUUUAUGGCAACCGCAAAGGCAUUCCUAGCCUGUCGACUGAUAUUUUAAUAGAAGUGAUUCAGUUGUUCGAAGAGACUGGAAGUGUUCUGAAAGUGUCCGGGACUGACUCGAGCAGCGGCUGCAAUCAGGAGAUUGAGAUUGUGUGCGUCAAGGCGGAAGAAGCGACACCGGAAAAAAUCCUAGAAGAGAUCGCAGACAAGGAGCAAUCCAGAUCUGACCGCAAGAGGAAAAGAACACAUGAAGAUCCGGAAGGGAGCGACUCAGGAAGCUGCAAAGAUGCAAAGCAAUGUGAAGACAGGGACAACUUGAAAGAUCAGCCCAUGAGGAUCUUCAAUGAGAACUUCGGCGUGACCAACAUUCUGGGCACGUGCACCUUCUGUGGCCAGAAAUAUUUGAAAUCGGAGCUCGAACGGCACGUGGCGACGCACGGCCGGAAGAAGAGGCACAGAGAACGGAAGCUCAUCUGCGAGUUCUGCGGCAAGUUCUUCGCCAACCACUCGCGAAUGGAGCAGCAUCAGGUCAUUCACAGCAGCGAGCGGUGCUUCCGGUGUGAAGUCGAGGGCUGCAACAAGGCGUUCAAGUGGCGCAAUUCCUUCGAGAAGCACAAAAUGCGCCACAAAGAAGAAGUCGUGAAGGAUUUCAAGUGCGACCUUUGCGAAAAGGCCUUCACAUACAGUUACAUUCUCAGGAAACACAUAAUCGACGUUCAUGAAUCGCCGCAGGCGUUCAAGUGCAAAUGUUGUGACAGGACUUUUACGCGCAAAGAAACCUUCACGAAUCACAUGAAGACUCACGAAAGUGGAGCAAAUCUUACGGAGGCUGAGAAGAACACGAAGGGACUGAAAACCUGUGAAAUAUGCGCAAAGGCGUGUUUGUUGAUCCACUUUGAGAAGCACAUGAUGUCUCACCGUGGUGAACGACCGCUAAAGUGUGAAAUCUGUGGCAAGGGAUUUAUCUGGAAGUGCGGCCUGCGGAGGCACUUGUUGGCGCACAAGGGACUCGAGCCGAAGGCGAAUUUGCCGGUAUGCGAGAUUUGUGGCAAGAAGAUGUCCAAAUACCAGUCACUGCAGAAGCACAUGAGGAUCCACGAGAGGCCGGAAAUGCCGUUCAAGUGUCCGGUGACGGGCUGCGAGAAGUCCUAUGCCAGCGAGAGAUUUCUGAAGCGACAUGUGGACAGACACGCGUCGAAGCGGCACAAGUGCGAGUUCUGCGAUGUGGACUACAAAGAUAACCAGCAGCUGAAGAUCCACGUGAAGAGGGUGCACCUGAAGGAGGAGGCACCCUUCAAGUGUCAGCACUGCGAUAAGGAUUCAUGGACGCUGCGAGUGCAUCGGCAGCACAUGAAGGCGCGCCACAAUGUGAAAGUGCCAUUUGUGAGAAAGAAGGAAUCGAUUGACGCAUUUGCGAAUGACGGCAACGGAGGGCAGAGGAUAGCGCUUCUUCGUCCUGAGAUACUUGUAGCAACUCUUGCUCAGGAAUCUCAUCACGAAGGCUUCCUGUACCUCCUGUCGCCGCCACACAACGUGCGAUUUGCGCCGCAGGAGCAAAUCCAGCUCAUUCUUGCUGAACGUCUCUCGCAGCGCUUCGUCCAUGCUCUCCUUCUCAGCCCUGAUCUUUCUCAGCUGCUCAUUCGAGGCGCUCAAGAUGGAUAUUUGCUUCCGGAGACUCAGUCUGUCUUUGUUCAAUCGCUGCAUUUCCGCUCUCAGCUCGAAAAAAUUGUAAACAAAAACAAAGUGCUGUCAAAAGUGACAAAGCGCAACAAUUUUUUCCGGGUCUUUUUCCGUCUCGCAAUGGAAGGCGAACGUGAAUUGCGUGUUCUUCUUGUUGAUAUCAAUAAAUACGGUGAUCAUGCUGUGCCAAAACCACAAAGGAGACAAAGGCAGUUAAAACAGAAGCGAAAGAAUAAUGUUUUGGAAGGCGAAAAACUGGAAAGCGUGAAGGAAGAGGAAUUCAUUUUGCCAGAUUGUGGCGAAGACGAGAAAAUCAACAGACGACAUUGGCUUCAAAGCAUUAAAGAAUCACCCAUAAAAGCAAAGAUCCCAAUCGAGAAGAAGCAACGCACUUACAAGUGUACGCAAUGCAGUCGAAGCUACGUGCAAAGUUGCCACUUGAGACGCCACAUGAAGUCACAUGAAGACGGAUGGAAGAAGUUCAGGUGUAAAAUGUGCAAGAAAACCUACGCCAGGAGUGACGAUCUCGUGACACACUUGCGGAUGCACAGGAACGGAGGAGUGAAACCGUUUCGGUGUGUGAUUUGCAGCAAAGGCUUCACGCGCAAGGAGAAUCUUAACACGCAUUUGCAGUUUCACGCCGGUAAGAGAUUCGAGUGCGGCAAGUGUCUGCACUUGUUCUCCAGCAAGAUGAAUCGCGAUGUCCACAUGAAGACGCACGAUCCGAAUCACAGGCGCCAGAGACCGCUGCAGUGCGCCUUGUGCGACAAGACCAGCAAGACGCGCCGCGGAAUGAUGUUUCACAUGGUUGUGCACACGAAAGGAGGCGCCAAAGCGAAGGACAAGCGGAUGACGAGAGCGAAAACAAGGGCCUCAAAGACGAAAAGGAAGGUGAAAACCAAGAUAGAAACAGAGAUUGAGACGGAAAUUGAGACGAAGGUGAAGAUAAAGAUUAAAGAAGAAGAAUGAUUCGCAAAAUCUGAGCGU